UAAAAGAUUACCGUAAUAAAGUGAUACGUUAAUUGUAAACAUAUUUAAUAAAAGUUUUUGUGAUUAUAAAUAAGUGAACUUCCUGACGGCAAACACACUCAACGCCACCAUGGACUCAAGUUCCGAAGAAGAAGAAAUUAGAAAAUUAGAAGAAAAUUUAAAGCAAAUAAAAGAAAAAAGAAGACAAAGAAAACAUUCACAAAAGACUUUCAAAAAACGCAAAGGAACAACAGACAAGGGCAAGAAAUACGAAGAUUUGGUUAUCGCUAACGUCGCACUACAAAUGGUAAGCGACAGUAAAAUAAAAGACUUUCGCCUUUCUUCGAACGAUGCAAAUUUUGGUGAUUUUGAUGACGUGGUUAUAGAAAUUGAGACAGAUAGAGGAAAAAAAACAAAAGCACUGCAAUUAAAACACAGUAACGAAAAAAGACAAUUAACUACAAAGCAGCUAGCAGGCAAAAAGGGAGACUUUAGUUUAAUCAAAUAUUUCAAAUCUGCUCAAGAGGUUCAAGGCAAAGCACAAGAAUUUAUAUUAUUCACCACAAAUACAUUUGAAACUUCAGAAGAAACAAAAUUUAAACUAGAAGGAGAAGAGUUUUACCUGAAGCCGAUAAAAAAGACAGUUUCAGGAGACGAUUUCGACGUUUUAAGAAUUUCUGAAAAUAUAAAUUAUUAUCAUACAUUUCACAUCCUAGAGGACGAAUGGACUAAACAAAAUCCUGAAAAAAUUCAGCAGUACCGAACAUUCUUCGAAAGCUUUCGUCUUUACACAAACCAAGAUCGUUUUGAAGCUCUUACAAAAACGACAAUGAAUAGAUUUAUUGAGACGUUUUGCUCUAACGAAGAAACUUUCAUGAAGUACGUCUACGUCAUAUCAGAAUGGAGUAUGCGAGAUGGAAAAAAAGAAAAGCUAAGCAAAAAAAUGAUGCAACGUGCAAUUGCACUUCGUUUGCUUUCUUCUCAGAUUGAACCAUUUGUUUUUGGUUCUGUCACAGACGAAAAGAAAAUACUUCGAGAGGCUAUUUGUCUGUUCGACAUUACGUUGUUGGAAAAAAAAGGCAGCAACGCAAUUCAAAAUCUGUGGGGCGACUUGGACAAAAGCCUCGACCUUAAGGAACUAAACAAAGUUCGAUCACUUUAUUCUCUUUCGUCUAAUAACAUAAGUAGUGUCGAAAAUCUGGAUGCAAAUUUGUUGACACAAUUGCUUUGGCUGAUGGAGAAAUGUCCACUCAUUGUGAAAGAACACGAAAAUAUGGAGAAAGCUAUUAACCUCUGUCCAGAUGCAAAAUUUAUUAUACUUGGCGAAGGAAAAUAUGAAGAAUGGAUGAAAGAACGCUCUGUCUUUCAAAACUUAUCCAACUUGAAAUGGAAAGGUGAAUUGUAUGACAAAAUACUACAAAAUUUCACCAUUUCUUUACAAGGGAAAGAAGUAAUUAAGUUAGCGACCGCUUUUGUAAAAAAUGAAGAAAUUUUCAUACAUGUUACUGUGAAAAAACUUUUAGAGAUGGCAAAUGGUCCAUGCCAUAUAGAUGGACAAGAGGAAGUUUUUCCCAAUCUUUAUGUCGAUAGAUAUUUGUCUGUCAAUAUUAUAGACACUAAAUAUUUAGAAGCGGUUGAUCGAAAUACUGUUAUCGUUUUAAAUUGCGAAGGUAAUUCCCAGGAACUGAAAAUAUCUAAAGAUCAUACUCUAACAGAUGUUGACGGUUUUUUAAGUAAUACAAACCCCAAAAUUUUGAAUGAUCCAAUUUUUAUAAAAUGUGAAAAAAAUUGCAGUGAUUCUGAUUUUCAGAAAAUAUGUUCUAAAGCAACAGCAUCAAAAACUGUACACUGUUUUAAAUUUCUCAACGAUCAAAAUUUAGAAUGGAUUGGAAGCAAAGGAUCUGUUAAUAAACUGCGAAAAUAUAAAUUACGUAGUCGUUCCAAAGACGAAAACGAAAUUUGGGCUUCCGAAUUCAGCAACAACAUAAAUCUAAUAACAGCUGACCCAGGAAUGGGCAAAACCGAGUUAACGAAGAGUCUAAAAAACAAGUGUAUUGCGAGAUAUUGGACCGUGAUUCUAAGUGCUCAAGAUGUUAAUUUUUUAAUAGAAAAUUCAGCAAAGUUAGAUAAAUUAGAACAAUUCCAAACAUUCAUUUUAAGUAAAAAAUAUCGACACCUGUCUAGCCUGGAUCUAGAAUAUUUGAAACUGUGUUUAAAGCAACGCAAUGUGGUUUUUGUAUGGGACGCUCUUGAUGCAAUUUUUACUCACUAUUUAAAUAGGACUUUAGAUCUCAUUGUUAUGUUGUCGCAGUCAGGUUUCAUUCAGUGGGUUACUGCAAGGAAACAUUUGAGAUCUUCUCUUGAAGAAAAAUUUAAUACUCUGUCAGUGAGUAUCAAUCAGUUUAGCGAAGUCGAGCAAGAAAAGUAUAUUAAUAAACGCCUUAACCGUUUUAUUGCGCCUGUAGAUUUGAAAUCAACGAUAGACAAAAUUAAAUCCACGUUUGCAUUUACAAACCAUUUAGAUAUAUUAGGAAUCCCACUUCAAAUCUAUAUGCUUACAGAGGUAUUACUUCAAAAGAAGAAACAAUAUUUAGAGUUAUUAAGCAAUAAAUUUCUCGUGACUGACAUGUAUGGUUACUUUAUAAAAAGAAAAUUUAACCUUUUCUACGAAGGCAAAGAUUUUGGGAAAGAAAGUGUAAGGGAAAAAAAGGAAAAGAAAUUAAAACAAUACGAAAAGUUGGCGCUUCAAAAAAUAUUUCCUAAAGAUGUUUUGGAACAAUUAAAGAUAGAUUGUUCUCAAGAUAUGGAUUCUGUUUCUGAAGAUUUCGCAACUGUUGGUAUCGUGACUGGACUACAAAACGGCAUUCCGCAAUUUGCACACGCUUCCUUUGCCGAAUAUUUUGUAGCCUUAUUUUUUUCUAAAAAUUUUGCAAUGGUACGCAGAGGCAUAUUUUUUGAUAAAAAGUAUAAUAAUGUACGUUUCUUCUUCGACAUGCUAACUGGCAAAAAUUCACCGGUCCACAUCGCGAUUUUAUACAGAAAUUUUGAUAAAGUAGAGAACUUUCAGGAUCAAAUAUUAAAAGGUAAAGAUGAAUGUGGAAGAAGUGCCUUACAUCUCAUUUGUUCUUGGGGACGAAGACAUGGGCGUUUAAAUGUAGAAACCAAAUCUGAGGGUUAUGUUAUUGAAGCAAAUAGGGAGAUUAUGAGUAGUUCAUUAGAAACGAAAGAAUAUUUUAAAGCGUUAUUGUUUUUGUUAGAUAAAUGUGAUAAAUUAGGACAAGAUUCAUUGCAUAAAAUCACACCUUUAACAUGGGCACAAGAAAGUGAAAGUUUGGGAGCGGAACUGGAAUUAUUAGAAUCAGGCAAACUACAACUGAAAGAUUCGGAUAGUCCAACAGACAAAAUUAAUGUUUUAUUUUUCGCCGCUUUGCACGGAUACGCAAAAGUAUUUCAAAUGUUUGUUAACAAAAAAAUGUUUUCACCUUGGAGUAAAAAAGCAGUAAAUUUUAGUAUUAAAUUCGAUGGUAGUACGCCUCUUAUAAUAGCUUCUCGAAAGGGGCACCUAACAAUUGUAGAGUAUUUAGUCACAUGCAAAGCCGAAAUCAAUCGCGCUAAUGAAGAUGGCGAGACACCACUUUACGCAGCGUCCUCGAAAGGUGACGAAAAAAUUGUCGAAUGCCUGAUGAAAGGCGGAGCAAAAAUUAAACCCGCUAAUCAUUAUGACAACACAUUGCUUUACGCAGCUUCCUUUCAAGGUCACAAAAAAAUUGUCGAAUGCCUGGUGAAAUGCGGAGCCAAAGUCAAUUGCGCUGAUGAAUAUGGUCGAACACCGCUUUACGCAGCUUCUUGGAAAGGCCACGAAAAUCUUAUCGAAUAUCUAGUGAAAUGCGGAGCCCAAAUCAAUGGCCCUGAUAAAUAUGGUGAGACACCGCUUUACGCAGCUUACUGUCAAGGGCACGAAAAAAUUGUCGAAUGCCUGGUGAAAUGCGGAGCCAAAAUAAAUCGCAUUCUAGUAGGUGGUAAGACACCGCUUUACGCAGCUUCCUCUCAAGGUCCCGAAAAAAGUGUCGAAUGCCUGAUGAAAUGCGGAGCCGAAAUCAAUCGCGCUGAUGAAUAUGGGCGAACACCGCUUUACACAGCUUCCUGGAAAGGCCACGAAAAAAUAGUCGAAUACCUGGUGAAAUGCGGAGCCGAAAUCGAUUGCCCUGAUGAAUAUGGUCGAACACCGCUUUAUGCAGCUGCCUGGAAAGGCCACGAAAAAAUUGUCGAAUGCCUAAUGAAAUGCGGAGCCGAAAUCAAUGGCGCUACUAAAUAUGGUGUGACACCGCUUGAAGCAGCUUCCUCUCAAGGUCACCAGAAAAUUGUCGAAUGCCUGGUGAAAUGCGGAGCCGAAAUGACUCACCGUGCUGAAUAUGGUCGAACACCGCUUCACGCAGCUUCCUCUCAAGGUCACGAAAAAAUUGUCGAAUGCCUGGUGAAAUGCGGAGCCGAAAUCAAUCGCGCUGAUAAAAAUGGUCGGACACCGCUUUACGCAGCUUCCUCUCAAGGUCACGAAAAAAUUGUCGAAUGCCUAAUGAAACACGGAGCCGAAAUCAAUCAUGCUGAUAAAUAUGGUGUGACACCGCUUGAAGCAGCUUCCUCUCAAGGUCACGAAAAAACCGUCGAAUGCCUGGUAAAAUGUGGCGGAAAAAUUGUUAGUUCAACGGCGAUCCAAAACUCCUCCGCGCUGAGUCGGACUUUCAAAAUUCUAUCACUAUCCGCGGCCAUAUUUUUUUUUUUAAUAAUUUUGUUUCCAAAAUUCUUUCGAUCAAUCGCAAAUACUUUUCUUUUGAUCCCCAAGAAAAAGUAAUAUAUUUUAAUAAAUAAGUCUCUAUCCAUAAUCCUGAAGUACCUACCUAUAACAAAUUAUUUUAAUUCAGAAUUUCAUUUCUGUUGAUAAAGUCCCCCAAAUAUGUCUCCAUAUGCCCUACAUAAUUUGGAUGAUCUUCUUGGGUUAUUGCCUCAGAAGCAUUGUGUACUUGAAUAUUGUAUAUAAAACUCGUCUUCGUUUCUACACUGACUUUUUUUAAUCACUUGCCAGUCUUGCCACUAAUUAAUUAAUUCCCCAAUGGGGUUUGAUCUGUAGAUUUCAAAGAGGGCUGCGCACGUCGUUUCCACACUUCGACCAAGUCUUAUGCAACUGGAUUAAGAAAAGGCCUAUAUGGGGGUAGAAAUACAGGAAAUCAACUGUUGAAUCUUCAGUUCUGUGAAAUCUUACAUUGUUCAUUAACAUAUGUCCGUGCGCCCCUAAUAUUGUCUUCUUGUAGGUGAUUUAAAAGGGUUUUUAAAAAUUCGCAAUCGAGUAAUUAUGGCCUCUCAGCUGAGCUUUAACUUUAUUUGCGCUACAGUUACUUGGUGAUCUUCCGUACGACCUCCUGGAUUGUAUCUACCUAUGUCCCAAAUUCAUCAGUAAAAAAAUUGAUUAGUGAAAUUACUUAAUAGGUCUGUUUAUGGUAGAUGAGCUUAUUUCUAGUUGAGGAUUUUCCUCUAACAAUUUAAUUUUAAUUUCUAUUAGAGUUAAAUACAGUCUUUAUCAACCCAACGAAACUGUUUUGUUAACAAAAAGAAACUGUGUUGACACAAAGCAAAAUAGUUUGACAAACAUAGAGCACUAUUUAAUAAAAGUAGCAAAUAGAUUUGAUAAUUCGCGGAACACAAUUGACGAAAGACAAAAAUCAAAAGUAAAAUACUAUUUUAUGAUGGACAUCUUUGUAAACAUACCUAUAUCAUUCAUCUGUCUUCAGAAAUUGUGAAGAUUUGUAUUGUGUUAUCUAUCUACUCUUAUAUUUAAACUUAUAUUUUAGAUUCACACAAUUUUCACAUCUAUGGAAAAUAUAGCCACAAGCUAAAUAAUUCACUUUCUUUUAUGGCUACAUAUUUCAACUGAAUAAACUAAUUUGACAUGACGACUUCUUUUAUAAAUACUUUCUUUAUAGUUUUUUCUGAAGUACCAUUUUCGGAUUUUUUAACUUUCAUCAAAUUUAUUUUAUUCUAUUCACACAAAACUUAAACUUUCGAUAAAUUGUUUUGAUACUGUUCCAAAUUUUAAUUAGUUGACGAUCGCAUAAGUAUCGCAUUUUUUUUAAUGAAAUUUUUCAACUACCUAUAUUUUCGGCCAAAUUCAGCUACACUUCAAAUUUUACUUUAGUGUUUUUCGUGAGGCCUUCACAACAACACGAAAAGAGAUGCAGCAAAAACUGGCGUACGUCGUACUAUCCAACUUGAAAAAUACAAAUAAAACACAUAAACUAAGUACGGGUGUUUUCUUAAUUUAAAAAAAAAUUGGAACCAAAACUUCUGUGUUUCGUCAAGAACUAAUAUUGGAACAAUGUUUACAAAAAUACUUCCAUUUCAAGAUGGAUUGUGAAAAACUUUAUAAAAUAACAUUUAAUACCAACUAAUUUAAAAGAGACUUUUCCUGGCCAGCAGAACAACGAAUUUAAAAACCGCAAGUGGUGCUGUAAUUUCGUAUCUUCACAAAAUAUGUCUUAGGCGGAAUCAGGUUUCUAACCUCAACUUUUAACAAGUGUUUUUAAUACCGCUAACUGACCUGGACAAUAUCAAUAGAAGAGCGUUUUAAGCAAAACAUACGCUAAGAGAAUUCCAAACCAGAGAAUUUAGGGGAAAUAAAUACACCAUCAGGAGGAACUUCAUCUUGUCAUCCUAGUGGUUACAAAUAGUCUAUACAUUCCGAAAUCAGUGCAUAGAAAACAGUAUUGUGCGAUAGAAAAACAUUUUAAUCAGAUUCAUAUUAUUUAUAUGGCCUAACCGUUCACAGGUAACAUCAUUUAACAGAUUAAUAACACAUUCACUUUGAUUGAGAUAGUUUUCCAUCGCACAAUUAAGUCUAGUUCUAAUAUGUAGUAUAAUGAUAACUUUAUUAUUUGCAAGUAGUGUUGUAAAUGGUUGCUCCAAUGUGUAACUUAUUUCGUCUGUGUGUGUCUUUUUGUCAGAAUCGCUCAACGGAUGCAGCAUUCAUGUUAAAGAUCGAAGCAUGAACAACCCGUGCUAAAGCCCACGUGAUGCUAUUAACAUUUCAGGAUACGUUUCAUCUAACAAAUGGCAACGCUAGAUUCGUUGUUCACGCCUUCAAAACGCGUUUUUGUAUUUGCAUCUGUUCGGCGCUUCGAAUACAAAAUAUUUAACAAUUUUGAAAUGUAAAGUGCCAUGAUACCUUUUAACUACUUACUUAUAGUCAGAAUUAGCAAGAAACGACUUCAAGGCAGUUUUCCAUCGUCGAAUAUUUUUCUCAAUAUGCAUCCACUCAAGUUGCAUAACUAAAAUAAACAUUUUGUACCAAGCCGUGGUUCUCAUCCAGCGUCGAAGUGGCUUGUGGUUAAAAUUUGUUCAUAGUGUUUUAAGCAUUUCACAAUGAUUUCCCAAAAACAUACUCCUUUCCUUUAACAAACUGACAAAGUUUGUUUCAGAGAAGAACUGGGAAGUUUACUGUGACCAAAUACUGAAGAUGCGUAAGCGUAGCAACUACGAAACUAUCUUUCUUCUUGAAAAUUGGUACACAUGUGAAAAAACACUUAACAGAAUCAAAGCACGUAAUUGAAGCAGGUUUUCUUUUGGAGAUUAGUUGUUGAUAGAAGGUGUAAAAAUCUGAAUUGGAGCAAAAAUACCGAAGACGGACUGCAACCUUAUCGUAUUUCUUCAUUUAAUCAUAGUUUUGUCAGUUUAUUAAAAAAAGUAUCAUGACACAUGUGAGCGACAUUUUUACUUUGUAGUGGAAAUAUGUACUUACAAGUAUUGUAGUUUAUAAGUUUAUUACCAGUAAUGUAACGGUGAUUACUCUAACCAAGGACUUCAAUAAACCUAUUAUCUAAAGAUUGUAAUCAAUCUGUACCUAUAGUGUUAAUAUCACGGUGUGUAAAUAUGUAAAAAAUUAAUUAAUGUGUACAUAUCCUGAAAUAGAUUGUUGUUUGCUAUUAAACAUUAGAGUAAACUUCA